AAUUUGUAAGAAAUCUGACAGAUUUCCCGCCCGCGUACAUUGUCGCGCGUGUAAACAAUUCUCUGUAGUAGAUUCUAGAAGCGUUAUUUUCCGAAUUAUAUUAAUGUCAGUGCACAAUGAAUGUAACAAACACUAUUGAUCGACGGGAGAGAGGAUUCGGAAUGGUAUGUGAUUAUGACAUCGCUCUUUAUCGCCUAAAAUGCUAUUACAAUGAUGUAUAUCGUGGAAUAACUCCAAACACAAAUGCAGUUGAUUACAAUCCCGAACCGCCAGUGUUUGCGUGCCGUUUCUGCACCACACCAGGGUACGAGGAGAUUCUUGCUUUGGCGAAUGAAGACGGGAAAGUCGCUUUCCAAGAUACCAGGAUCAAGGAUAAAUACAAUCUACCAUUGGAAGGAACGCAGGCACACUGUAAUGCGAUCUUCGAUAUUGCCUGGAUGCCUGGAGAAAUGAAGUUGGUUACAGCGUCGGGUGAUCACUCAGCACGUUUGUGGGAUGUUACUAGGCCUGAGAUAAAACAAAUAAAUUAUUUUCACGCACAUACGAGAAGCGUAAAAACAGCAGUCUUUCGUGAUGAUGAUAAAGCUGUCUUUGCAACAGGCGCUAGAGAUGGCUUCAUCAUGAUAUGGGACAUCAGAGCUAAUCACAGUGAUCAACCUAAGCCAGAUAAUUGUAUCGCCAAUGCGCACAGUAUCGGUGGCACAGGCAAUACGAGACGAAAGUCACACACUCAAAUAUCGCGAGCACAAAGUAUUACUGGUUUAGUGUUUCAGGAUGAUUUUACAUUAAUCUCGUGCGCUGCGGGCGAUGGUCUGUUGAAAGUGUGGGACUUGCGCAAGAAUUACACUGUCCACAAGAAAGAGCCGAUAGCUAAGCAUCUAAUGAAUUACUCCGGGAAUAGUACCAGAAACGGCUUCUCCUCGUUGUUAAUAUGCCCGAACAGGAUUACAUUAUACGCAAGUUGCAUGGAUAAUAUUAUAUACGCUUAUAAUGUAUCGUCAUAUAAUCAUAAACCGGUGGCGGAGUAUUAUGGGCAUCAAAAUCGUACGUACUACGUAAAAACCUGUUUGAGUUCUGAUGGUCGUUAUCUUGCCAGUGGAUCCAGCGAUGAACUUGCAUACAUUUGGAACACUAACAGACCGGGUACACCACUAGUUAAACUUUCCGGUCACACAGAUGAAGUGACUUGCAUUGCGUGGUGCAGCGUGGGAGAAACUAAGGUAGUGACUUGCUCCGACGAUGCUUGUCACAAAAUAUGGAGAGUCGGGCUCGAAGACGAAGAAGAUAACAAAGAAGUGAUAAUACGCGGUCAAGCUGAAGUCGUAGAAAGAUACUGUUUAGAAAAAAUUAAAAUAGAAACUACCCCAAGUUCUCGAUACUCGAAUACCCGUCAAGAAACUACACCAAGCUCGGACGAACACAAGGCACCUGUCCUUACCCCGGUUACGACUCCCGAAUCUAGUAAAGAAGAUUAUAAUGAAAAUAAGCACAAUUCUGUCAAACGUAGUUACCUGCAAAUGAUGAUAGGAUCAAGAUCUGAGGAAAAAUUCAAAUGUAUUUUAUCACCUAUUUAUGAAAACCAUGAGACGGUUGCGAAAAGACCUCAUAUGGACAAUCGUGGUAUGCGAAGGCUAUUUGGUUCAAGUAACGAGACCCCUACUACAACUAGAGACUACAAUUCGGACGAACCCAGUACGAGCCAAUCCACGAGCAGAAAUGAACAAGUUUUCCUUUCACCUACAAUUAACUUGCCAAAUUUCGUGGUGGAUGGUACAGCGCCACAUUUACUUGAAAUAUCACCGCAGAAGUACAAGGAGAAUGUCGAUUGGUUAACGAAAUAUAGGAAGGAGAAAUACGAACAAAAGAAAACUGCGUCGACUUCAAGCAGUCCGAAGACUCAAUCGACACCUGGCCGAAGAUCCAACAGAUCGCGAUCGACAGAGCCCCAAAAAGUUACAAAAACAAUAAAAAGUUCUAUACUGAACUUCUUUAAUAAAGAGGUCAUUAUUAAAGAGAAUGAAAAAGAUUUACCUUCGAAUAAUAAUACUUUACCACCAACGAGUACAUCUUGAAAUAAAUGAGUGCAAAAUUUAGUUUCGAAUUUGGUUAGAAUUCGCGAAUUGAGUAUUCACGAAUUGAAUCAUGAAAUUCUUUUCGGUUUUGUUUCAGUUUUUUAUUUCAUAAUAUAAAAGCGAAAAGUCUUAAAAUCCUGGUUACUCUCUCUCUCUCUCUAAUAUUAUGAAAUAAUUUUAACUUGUACUCACAUAGCGAAUUUCCUUCGGACAAUAAUUUACCACCAAUUACAUCUUGAAAACGUAGAAUUUGGCAAUUUGUCGAAGGGAUAUUUACGAUAAUCUUGAAAUUUUCUUCGGUUUUAGUUUGUUUAUUUUAUAAUAUAAAAGCGGAGGAUCUUCAAAUCCCAUUUGCUAAUAUUAUAAAAUAACUAAGACUUACUCAUGAUAUAACGCGUUUGAUGAAGAAGGAAAGACUGGUUUAUAAGAUGAUAAGAGUUUAUGU